UCAAAGUUCACUAUAUAGAGAAGCUCGGCGAGCUGAUCAGAGAGAAAGCAUUCUGCCAGCCGUGCGCCUCUUAAGCCCAAAACCUCCCCGACCGCCUUUUCAACAUAUUUCCACACUUUGAUUCGCCUUUUUUUUUUUUUUUUUUUUGGGAAACCACAUUCCAAUCACAUUUUCAUCGCACGGAAGAGGAAAAAGAAGCCGCGAGGAGGAUUGUAAGAGGCGGAGAUCUCCAUAUUUGCUGGCUCGAGAAGAGGAUUUUCCCUUUUUAGCGGAGAGAAUUCUUGAAGAGUCGCACGCGGAGCUCGUUGGUCCACAUUAUACCGCGGGUCUUCUCCAUCCUCGCCCCCCCUUUCCUACCCUCCUACCUCCUCCUUCCUCCUCCUCCUCCUCCCUCCUCCUCUUCCUCCCAGCUCCAAAAAGCCAAGCCGGUCCAUGCUGCUUGCUCGCUCUCGUCCCGGCACUCGGCCCACCUUCCCCGACCGCGGGGGUGCUGGAUGGCCGGCAGUAGGAGCCCCCUUGUCUCGGCCUCGCUGGUGAGAAGCAGCCUCCUCCUCCUCCUCCUCCUCCUCCUCCUCGUCGUCGUCGUCGUCGUCUUCUUCCUCCGCCUCGUCGUCGUCGAGUCGCCUCAUUCCCGGAGCGGAGCGUCGAGCGCGGCGCCUCGGCUGUGGUGACAUUUACCCCCCCCCCACCCCCACCCCCGCCCCCCGUCGGCGCGUGGAACGACAGCCCCCUCACAAAGGUCACAAAAGAGACAAAACGGCCGAGCAAAAAGUUUCCCCCCCGUUGACUGAGAGGCAGAUAUGGCAAUGGUAGUGUGGAGAGGCUCCCAGGACGACGUGGCGGACACCCAGGGCGCCCUCUCCUCGCAGACCCAAGGCGGGCUGGCGCUGGGCAACGCGCAGCCGGGCCAGCUGGGUCUGACGGCCGCGCAGGUCGCGCCGCCGGCCCCGCAGACCCCCGCGCAGGGCGGCCCCAACGGCGGGCAGUCGGCGCCCGGCGGCGGCCAGCAGCAGGCGGACAAGCAGCCGCAGCACAUCGAGUGCGUGGUGUGCGGGGACAAGUCGAGCGGCAAGCACUACGGCCAGUUCACCUGCGAGGGCUGCAAGAGCUUCUUCAAGCGCAGCGUGCGGCGGAACCUGACGUACACGUGCCGGGCCAACCGGAACUGCCCCAUCGACCAGCACCACCGCAACCAGUGCCAGUACUGCCGCCUCAAAAAAUGCCUCAAGGUCGGCAUGAGACGGGAAGUCUCUCUUUUUACUGCAGCCGUGCAAAGGGGACGGGUGCCGCCCACGCAGCCGCACCACGGCCAGUUCGCGCUGACCAACGGGGACCCGCUGCACUGCCACUCGUACCUCUCGGGAUAUAUCUCGCUGCUGCUGCGCGCGGAGCCCUACCCGACGUCCCGCUACGGCAGCCAGUGCAUGCAGCCCAACAACAUCAUGGGCAUCGAGAACAUUUGCGAACUGGCGGCGCGCAUGCUCUUCAGCGCCGUGGAGUGGGCCCGGAAUAUCCCCUUCUUCCCGGACCUGCAGAUCACCGACCAGGUGGCCCUGCUGCGGCUGACGUGGAGCGAGCUGUUCGUGCUCAACGCGGCGCAGUGCUCCAUGCCGCUGCACGUGGCCCCGCUGCUGGCGGCGGCCGGCCUGCACGCCUCGCCCAUGUCGGCGGACCGCGUGGUGGCCUUCAUGGACCACAUUCGGAUCUUCCAGGAGCAGGUGGAGAAGCUCAAGGCGCUGCACGUCGACUCGGCCGAGUACAGCUGCCUCAAGGCCAUCGUGCUCUUCACCACAGACGCGUGCGGCCUGUCGGACGUGGCCCACGUCGAAAGCCUGCAGGAGAAGUCCCAGUGCGCCCUGGAGGAGUACGUGCGCAGCCAGUACCCCAACCAGCCCACCCGCUUCGGCAAGCUGCUGCUGCGCCUGCCCUCGCUGCGCACCGUGUCCUCGUCGGUCAUUGAACAGUUGUUUUUCGUCCGCCUGGUAGGUAAGACCCCCAUCGAAACGCUCAUCAGGGACAUGUUGCUGUCGGGGAGCAGCUUUAACUGGCCUUACAUGUCCAUUCAGUAAAGAAGACGCAAGAUGAGGGGAGAGCAUUGUGGUGUGUGUGUGUGUGUGUGUGUGUGCGUGUGCGUGUGCGUGUGUGUGCGUGUGCGUGUGCGUGUGCGUGUGCGUGUGCGUGUGUGUGUGUGUGUGUGUGUGUGUGUGUGUGUGUGUGUGUGUUGUGAGGGUGGGGCUGCUGGCUGGAGAUGACUAUUCAAUGAUUUUAGCUGCUUCCCUUUUUUUUUUUUUUUUUUUUUUGCUCUGAAGGAAUAUUGGAAGGACAAAAAAAAAACCUGUGAAUUAUUCCCUCCCUCCUUCCACUCCCCCCCCCAAAAAAAGGACACGAAUCUACUGACUGACUGAACUGAAAAGUGUUUUUGUAAUGAAAGCAACAACAAAAAAGAGGAAAAAAUGGGAUUUUGUUGAGGAAAUUUGAAGUAUUAAGUGCAUUUUUUUUCUUCAAAAAAAAUGGAAAGGAAUUUUGAUUUGAUUCACUUGUGUCCUGUGUCCAAAUGUAUAGCUGUGUGCGUGUGCGUGUGUGUGCGUGUGUGUGUGUGUUUUGUACUUUCCUCAUUUCUUAUUUUUUUUCUCUCUCUCUGGUUCCAAACCGGCUUAAUAUGUGACUGCGUCGUACACAGGUGGUUGUGUUAUUUUCCAUUCAUUUAGAAAAUAACGUGUACAAACAAAAGAAACAAAAAAAAAGAGAGGAAUUAAAACCACAGCAAUAGGAGUUGUUCUAGACUUUUGUCAUCUGUAGAAGCUUCAUGCUUGCAAGCGCACUUAUGUUCCCAAUCGUGAUAUUAAUGAGCCACAAAGAAGAUUGUGUAUUAUUUGCCCUUGUUGAACAAUUGGCAGCCUUAAUGUCAUUUAGUUUAUAAUGUUAGAUGAGUUAUGAUUCCUGGGGGGAGGUCAUCCGAGUUUAAAAGCCAAGCCGAUGUGGUGUUUAAUAGCAGUAUUAAAUGACUAAAGAAUAAAACAAACCCUCCCCGUUUCUCAGAAUGAAGUGCCUGACAAGCAUGACGCGAUUUCUCGACAACAACUUGGUGGUGCUGGAGGGGGGAGAGGGCUGGUGGUCAGUCCCCCCCCCCCCCCCCCACCCCCCACCCCCCUCGAUGUGGGCCCUUAAGAUGAGUGAAUCGGCCGUGCAAGCAUGCCGAUGUGAGGCAGUAUUGUUGUAAAUAUAGGUCAACUUGUUUCUUUUCUACCAGCUCUGCGUGGCCGAGAGCAAAUCUGUGGUUUCCAGUUUUUUUCGCUCGUCUUUCCAACGGAGUCUCGGACUCAGCUCGGCUCAGUAGCACUGACGAGUUCUGUACAUACAUAUUAUUAUUAUUAUUAUUAUUAUUAUUAUUAUUAUUAUUAUUACAACCACAUUUUCUUUUGUUUUGUUCUUUUUUUUGUUUUUCUUGUGUUUUUUUUUGGGGCGGGGGGGGUUCAUGUAUAUUUAGACUGUGAAUGCAUGGCCACAGGUCGCUAACCUAUUUUACCCUAUUUGCUAUAUAAAUGUAAAUGUUCUUUCUUUUUAUUAAGGGGUUGGGGGGAAUUGAGGGAGGGAGGGGGGGGGGCUGUAUAGAUAUAAUCUGUGCGUUCACUACACGCGAGCCCUUGUAUUUAAUGACACACGCACACAUACACGCACACACUUUAAAAAGACAUUAAGUGAAAGUUCAUCAUCACAUGAGGACUUGAAAACAGGGUGAGCAGGUUUUUAGGGGGUGCUUUGACGUGCGUGUGUGCGUGUGCGCGAGAGAGAGUUUAUCCAACCAUUAAGAGGUCACAAUUACACUAAACAAAAAAAACCAAAAAAAAACGGGAUCUCUCUCACACACACACAGACACACACACACACACACACACACACACACACACACACACACGUGGACCAGAGAAUGACACAUGAUUGUAAUUAUGAACCCACUUUUUUAUAUAAAUAUAUUGAAAAAAAUAUAUGACUGCAGGGUAUUGAUAACGGAUAGAUACUUUUUUUUUUUAAAUGAUGAUCAUGAUCAUGAUCAUGAUGAAAUUCAUUACAAGUGAUACCUGUGUGUGUGCGUGUGUGUGCGCGCGCGCACGCGUGUGUGUGUGCGUGAGAGUGCGUGAAAGUUUCUAAUAGUUGAACACGAGUCUCGUUCGUUUGUUUGUUUGUUUGUUUGUUUGUUUUGUGUUAGCUUAUUGUACAACGAGCAUUCUGCUGUAAAUUUGUUCUUGGUAUUAAAUUAUAAUUUAUGAAUUUGA